AUGGCGUCCCACCAUCGUCGCCCGUCAUCCUAUGAGGGUGCUUUUGAUUUACCGGGCCGCUCUCAUGUUCCAUUCCAGCCUCUCCACUGUCAUCGAGUAUCCUUUGACGGCCUUAUCGACUAUUCCUCCCUGGCGCCCUUAACUGCAGAUGAGCGCUCUCGCGCCCAAGAGGCAUUGGACAGGAUUAUCCACCAUCUUGCCAAUCACAGUGGCUCCAAGGGUGGAUAUAGUCGCCAUUUACUUGUCUGUCAUAGUUAUGACUAUUCGCAGUCUGAAUUGUCCAAGGAUACAUUCCUGCGCGUUUUCUUCAAUGUUAUGGGGCUAGAUAUCAGCAGUGAUGAAGAUAUCAACACGGGUGAUGAUCAGCUCCCUCCAAAAUUCAUUCACUUUGCAGACACGCUCCUCAAGCAGUUCUUCUUUCCAUGUUUGUGCUUGAAAGCAACUGGAAAAAUUACCCCACAACCCUCUCCUGCUCAGCUUUCAGCAAUGCAAAGUGUACAAUCACCGCAUGAAAUCGUUGGUACCUUUGAGCGAGUUUCAUACCUUCGAGCUCUUUGCCUUGUUCGUGACCAACAUCGUUGUGUGAUCUCCCAGGUUUUUGACGCGCAACAAGAAGUAAAGCAAACAAAUCAGCAUGGUUUGGAUGCUCAAGAUGAUGAUGGGAAUCUGCUUAAAGAUGAGGAUAGAUUUGAUGACCUGGAAGUGGCCCACAUACUUCCCCACUCCCUUACACAAAUGAACGAGAAUUUAUACGGCUGGAAGACUAUGAUUGACAUCCUUAACAUGUUUGAUUGCGAUGUGGCUCAUCUCAUUGAGGGCUCUCACAUUGAUAGCCCACACAAUGCUAUCAGCCUGACUCCAACUUUCCAUAAAAGCUUUGGCAAUUUUGAGGUAUACUUUGACACUGUUGCUGGCGAGGAACAUACCUACCGCAUUGACAGUUUCCUUAACCCAGUCUCAGCAGCACGUCGGGGACUACCUGUUACUCGCAAACUCCUUCUCAGCGAAGGAAGAGCAAUAGAUGCUCCCUCCCCCCAGCUACUUGCUCUACACCGGGCCAUUGCUCAUAUCCUUCACUUGUCAGGGGCGGGUGAAUAUAUUGAUAAAAUACUCCAGGAUUUUGAGGAAACAGGUGUGCAAGAGGAUGGGUCCACGGACCUGGGACAUAUUGUGGACCUCAGACUUGGUGGUUGGCUAGAUGGUGCUGGUGAAGUUCAUUAA